CCGAUUGACCUCCAUUCGUGCACUUCCGCAUCAGUGCGCUGCCCCGUGCCUUCCCACCUCUAGCUAGCAGCGAACUGACCUCUCAUCAUGGCGGGCGACAAGAGCUCGAAGAAGAAGGGCAGCAAGACCAAGGCCCAUGUGAGCGAAUGGCCGUCCACGAAUCCGUCGUCCAGUUCUCGCUCGAUUCCUGCUAAAACCAAUGACAAACUGCAGAAGCUCGUGUCGCCACAUCUGGACUCGUUCAAUUUUUUCCUGACCGAAGGUUUAGACCUCGCCGUUGCCGAUAUGUGCAAAGUGCCAGUGGAAUUGCCAAACCAGCACCGCAUGGACAUUUGGAUUGAAAAUGCGCAAAUCGGCUACCCCACCACGGAAAACCAGAUCACAGGCGAGCAAAAGCUCCUCCCCAGCGAAUGUCGCCAACGUGGCGUGUCGUACACUGCGCCUCUGGUCGUGACACUCGCUCGGUCCUUCGGUGGUUCUCAGAACGUCGAGCGUCUCCAGCGCGUGGUGGGCGAAAUCCCCAUCAUGGUUCGCUCCAAGCGUUGCCACCUCAAUGGCAUGUCACCCUCCGAGCUUGUCAAAGCUCGCGAAGAAGCCAACGAAAUGGGCGGCUAUUUCAUUUGCAACGGCAACGAGCGUUGCGUGCGUCUUUUGCAAAUGCCACGUCGCCACCACAUUAUGGCCGUGCGUCGUGGCGCGUUUGCCAAUCGUGGCGACUUGUACACGGAACUUGCCGUGUUCAUGAAAUGUGUCAAACGUGACCAAACUGCCGUCACCGUCACCGUUCACUACUUGCAAGAUGGUAACGCUACCGUGCGUUUCGGUGUGAAAAAGCAAGAGUUCAUGAUCCCUGUGGGUCUUGUACUCAAGGCGCUGUACCCACUCACAGACCGCGAAAUUUACGAGCGUGUGCUACGUGGAGACCACGAGAACACGUACCUGUCCGCUCGUGUGGAGCUGAUCCUCCGUGAAGCCAAGAAAUUCUCACUGUACACUCGUGACGAGGCGUUGGCGUACCUGGGCAAACAUUUCCGGUUUGCCAUGCCCUACGUUUACGAAAACAUGAGCAACGUGGAAGUUGGCAGCAAACUAUUGGACGAGUUCCUGUUCGUGCAUAUCCCCAAGGGCGAAAAGGGACGCACACAGAAGGUGGAGCUGCUGUGUCUGAUGCUACGCAAGCUGUACGCCUUUGCCAAGGGCGAUGUACCCGAAGAUAACGCCGAUUCCGUCAUGAACCACGAGCUUUUGUUGCCUGGCCAUUUGUACCUGAUGAUCCUGAAGGAAAAACUCCAGGAAUCGCUUGCUGCCAUGCGUGCAAACAUCUUGAAGGAGACGCAGAACAAGAAGAAGGCCGUCGUGAUGGACCAGGUUUUCCUGCGUAAGAUGUGGGAUCGCACGCCAAAUAUUGGUAACGCCAUGACGUACUUCUUGAAUACCGGUAAUCUCCGUUCGUCCAGUGGUCUGGAUCUGCUGCAGAUUGCGGGUUACACUAUUGUCGCUGAGAAACUGAAUUACUACCGGUAUUUUUCGCACUUCCGCUCGGUUCAUCGUGGCCAGUUCUUCACGGAGAUGAAGACUACCGCAGUCCGUAAGUUGCUGCCGGAUUCAUGGGGUUUCCUGUGUCCCGUACACACACCCGAUGGAUCUCCGUGUGGUCUGCUUAACCACUUGGCAGUCGAGUGUGAACUGGUGUGUCACCCUGCGUUCAAAGCUGAUGAUUAUUUGCAACAAGAAGUGAAGUUGGCUCGUUUCUUGGCCAGCCUCGGUAUGAUCCCCACUUCGGGUUACGCUGACGGUGCUCUCAUCGUACCCUACUCGUACCUGCCAAUUAUGAUGAACGGUAAAGUAUUUGGUGGUGCACCAGCCGAAGUUUGCAAGCGUAUCGCCGAAGUUUUACGCAAGAUCAAGUCAGCCAAGAGCUCAGAGGAACGUAACGCUAACGGUAUCGUACCGAACCUCGAGGUGUGUCUGAUCCUGCCUACCCGUGGUGGUCCCUUCCCGGGUCUCUACCUCUCAGCCGACGCUGCACGUAUGUCGCGUCCAGUGAAGCAGAUGGACACCAAACGUAUCGAGUACAUUGGCCCCAUGGAGCAAGUGUUCAUGGACAUUGCGUGUACGAAAGAUGACAUCCGUCCGGCCACGACUCACAUGGAGAUCAAGCCCACCAAUAUGCUGUCCCUUGUGGCUUCGUUGACCCCUUUUUCGGACUACAACCAGUCUCCGCGUAACAUGUACCAGUGUCAGAUGGCUAAGCAGACUAUGGGUACGCCAGCACACUCGAUCGUGCACCGUUCGGACAACAAGAUGUACCGUAUCCAGUCGCCUCAGAUCCCUAUUGUACAGAACGAACGUCUGCGCGAGUACCAACUUGACGAGUAUCCUCUGGGUACCAACGCAGUGGUGGCUGUGAUCUCGUACACGGGCUUCGAUAUGGAAGACGCUAUGAUCCUCAACAAGUCGUCAUAUGAGCGAGGCUUUGGCCACGCUUCAGUGUACAAGCAACUGACUGUGGACAUUAGUUCCAGUGGCAAACAGGGCAGUGCCACAUCCAAGAAAUACUUCUCCAACAUCAAGACCGAUGGCAGUGGCGAGUUCUGCUCCACGAAGCUGGAUCGCGAUGGAUUCCCGCAUAUUGGCCAGGUCGUGAACCACGGAGACCCCAUUGCCAGCUGGAUCGACGAGACUACCGGUUUACCGUCGUUCCAGAAGCACAAGGAGACUGAACCAGCUAUCAUCGAGCAGAUCAACAUGAUCGGUAACUCGUCACAGGCCUCCGAGUUCACCAAGGCGAGUAUCAAGCUCCGAUUCUGUCGUAACCCGACGAUCGGUGACAAGUUCUCGUCACGUCACGGACAGAAGGGUGUGAUGAGUAUUCUGUGGCCUCAAGCCGACAUGCCGUUCUCCGAGUCGGGCAUUUCACCGGACAUUAUCAUUAACCCGCACGCCUUCCCGUCGCGUAUGACUAUCGGUAUGUUGAUCGAGUCGAUGGCUGCUAAGACUGGUGCGUUGAAGGGCAAAUACAUGGAUGCCACGCCGUUCAAGUUCAGCGAAAAGGACCGCGUGAUCGACUACUUCGGCUCGCAAUUGAAGGAACAUGGCUACAACUACAUGGGCAGUGAACCGCUGUACUCCGGUAUCUCCGGUACAGUCAUGCAGGCGGAUAUCUACAUCGGUGUCGUGUACUACCAACGUCUGCGUCAUAUGGUUAGCGACAAGAGCCAAGUGCGUGCUACCGGUCCCAUGAACUCGCUCACUCGCCAGCCUGUUAAGGGCCGUAAGAAGGGUGGAGGUAUCCGUCUGGGUGAGAUGGAACGCGACUCGCUGCUGGCUCACGGUUGCGCUUUCCUGCUACAAGAUCGUCUGUUGAACUGUUCCGACAAACACAUUGCCACUGUGUGUACAAACUGUGGCAGUUUGCUGUCCAAUGCCACGCAACGCUCGACGGUGGAGACUGCUGGACAAGGAGAGAUCGCUGUGGCCAUGAAGUCCAAGACCCAAUGGUACUGUACAGUCUGCCAAACUGGAGAAGGCUGCGAGCCUGUGGCUAUGCCCUACGUCUUCCGCUACUUGGCUAACGAACUGGCUGCCAUGAACAUCAAGAUGUCUCUCACGUUGAAGGGAUGCUAAAAGGAUGAAAGCCAGGAGGUUACACUUCCAACAAAUAGAUUUAUUUGGUGUGAACUUAUC